AUGGCCAACUCCACCUUGGAUUUUAGGCACAUGGAGGCCUGGGGAUUUCACAGUUGGAAUAUUAGGCAACAAAGCUAUGUAAAGGCAGGCUUUUUUUUUUUACUACCCCCCAACACCGUGCCACAGCCGGCACCAUACGGGAGCCGUGGCUCAAUCAAUGCCACGCGGAGGGGCCUCGCGCACUGUGGCCACUGGGGCUGCCGCCGCUGGUCCCGCGCCGCGCUGCCGCCCCGGCGUGCAGCUCGCCCUCGUCGCGCCUGGCCGCGCUGUGCCUGCCCGGGCCGUGCCGCCGCCCGCCGGCUGUUCCCCGCUGCCUGCGGGGACACGUCCCUGCCGCCAGGUCAGGCACAUGCUCUGCUGAUCCCCGGCUCGGCUCCUGCCCCGCUUCUGCGUUGGCCUGCCGGGCUGGCUAGUGUGACUCACCACGCUUACGUUGUCAAGCGCCUCCCUAUUUCAGCUGUUGCACGCUCGUAUUUUCUGUCUUCUGCCCACAAAAUUCCGCAGAGCAAUAAAUCCUUUUUUAUCCCAUGCAAAAGACCUCCCUCUCAUCCUUGUUUCCUCAGAGUGCAGCCAAAAAGCCGUAGAGCAAGUGCUCUAGUCACACCUCGGUUCAUCCUGCUCCUGGGGUGUGACCCGCUCCUGUUGAAGGCUGAAGGGAUAGAGCCAGAUAAGCUCCAGCAAGAUGCGAUACUCUCUAGCUCUUCAAGGUCUACUUGUUGGACAGUCAUUGGAGUGGACCUGCUGGACAAUUCAAGAGAAGUGACAGGACUGGAUAUUCCUAUGGUCAACCAGGAGGCCCCAAUGAAAUGGUACCUCUGGAGAGUUCCACCUCAGGGAAUGAAGUGCAGUCUUUCCAUCUGCCAAUGGAGUUUGUUCUGUGAAUUAACUGAGACAGUGUCCCAGAAAAGAGAGCUUCCUUUGUCUUCUACAUUUGUCCUUGCUGAAUCCCCUCCCAGUCCCACCCCUGGUGGACUGCAGCUAGUCAGUAGAGGUUUAAGAGUUGAGGAACUGUGGUGACCUGACUUGGCUGACUUCUAGCCCCACACCCAGCCCCUUCCACCCCACUCUCUCAUUCCUCUACCUCAACACCAAACGGAAAGAAAAAAAGAAGAAAAUGCUUGUAAGUCAAAAUAAAGACGAGGAGAUUACUUACCUUUAACUAUCAGUUACUAUUCUGGGAAAACCGGACAUGACUUGAAGAAAAUUAAUUUUCUUGGCAACUAAAGUAGAGUUGGAUGGUGAGAAGCAAAGAAAAAAAUCCUAAUGCACCUCCCUCUUUUUCUCCUUAUGCCCUUCAGAAGUUCAUCGUUGCUCCUUCAUUCACUACUUUGCCCUCUCAUCCCUGGUGUAGGGGAAGGGUGGUGUUGGUCAAGAACAGCUCCUCACUACUUGUUGCUCCUCCUCAUGGUUUGUAUUGCUCCAUUCUAGGUCUUUUCCAAGUGGUUCCUCCAGAUAAUGCUUCUAAGUGGGUCCUCCAAUGUCUGCAGUGAUAGGUGUCUGCUCUUGCAGGAUUCUCUCCAUAAGCCACGAGGAAAUCUCUGCAUCACCACCUCUUCUCCCUCCUUCUCUGACUUAGUGUCCUCAUGGUGCCACCAUCCUGACUGAGGGGCUCAGCUUUGCUAUGUGAUGGAUCCAUUGGAAUGGGCAGGAGCCAGCUGUGUUCAGCACGGGUGCAGUUCUGGUCUCCUUACAGGAGACACUACUGCAGGCCCCUGCUGCAAGAGCCUGGGUGCGGACAUCCGGUACAAGGAUAGCAUGUGUUAUGGAUAUUAAGAGCCCAGCCUCGCAGUCUCUCUUCUCUUCUUCCAUGUAUUCUCCCUCUUUAAAAGGGAUAACCUAUAUCAGAUUUUUACAUAGCCAGCCUGCACUGCACAAUACCAGAACUAACAGAAGUAGGGAACAAGUACUGACAGAAAACUGUAAGCGUGUGAGACAGAAUAAGAAUUUAGAAGAUCAGAACCCACUGAGAUAAUCAGUGCACCCUGUGGAAGAGUUUAGGAGCCAGGUAUGGCAGAGCCAUUGCUAGUUCCAUGUGAGUCAUUGAGUUACCCUGUGUCUCUUAACUGCAUUAAUAAAAUUAUACUGAUACUGUGUUUAUUACUUGCACUGGUUAUUGUUUAGUGCUUUUCAGUCUUUGCUCUGUCCUGUAGAGCUACUGGAUGUGGAAUCAUGUGUAGUUUUAUUCAUGCAUAGCAAAGGAUAUCAUAAGGAAUCUGAGAGGCACCAAAAAGAGAAUUCCCUGUCUGGAUCCUUGGAUCUUACUGCACAUUAGCUCUAGAGGUAAUAGUUUUCUCCAUAAACACAGAACUCUCAUCUAUAUGUGUUUUGCUAUGCCUUGUACCUAAGCUCUCUGACCCCCAUGUACUUCAGUUUCCUUCAGUCAUUCUCUGCUGAGAAUUCUGAAACAUUACUAACCAUCUUGACAAAAUAUAUUGUGUGGUUUUAGAAUGCUAGGCUGGAAUUUUGCAUUUCGUAUGAGGUUAGCACAUUGUCUCUUCUUCUGGAAGAUAGCAGAUUUUAUUUUUAUAUCACUUUAUUUUAGUCAUUCAUGUAAAGUUCUAUGUUACAGUGUAUGUUACAAACAAGAAUUUACCAGCAAACUUUUCACAGCCUGUACAAAACAGCAACAUAGACUCAUGAGAUGAUUAAGAAGGCACCUCCACUUUGACUUCUAAAUUAACAAGGAAGAUUAUGAAACACUGUUACAUUCUGACUCUUUUUGACAGGAGGUUCCCUCUUUCAAAGAGGGGUAACUUUUAACACACUCUAUUCUGAUUAUCCUCUUUUUACUCUGGAGAAGAGGUACCUCCUUCACCAUGGCUGAGAACAGAAUAAUUCUCUUUUGUCAAGGUUCCCUUGCAACUGAAGCUCUGUAUCUGGGAAAUAUUAAUCUCUUCCCUGCCAAAUUCUGCAUGCCAGCAAACCACACAAAGGGCCAUAUCACCAACAUAGAUUUAAUCAGUUUAUGGACUCUAAAAGACAGCCUUGAAAUACGUCACACACAGGCUAAAACCUCAUAGAGAGAGAAAAUUAAUUUCAUAUUGAAGUCCAGUUUAAUUUAGUCUGGGAACACAAAUACCAUUAUGCAUUAAUGAGAAUUGUGUCAUUACUUUAUGACAUUUCUCUAAACAGAAUUAAUUAGACAAUUAAACAUAAUUGUGUUUAUUUAAGGAUUUCCAUAGCUUCAUGUCUUUGGGUUUAUUUUACUUUUAUAGACUACAUCUAUAUUCCCUGGCUUGUUAAAUUUUGAAAAAGACUAUUGUUUGAGCAUUUCUCUCCAGAAUUCUCAGUAUUGUUUUUACAGAGGUACAGAUUUGAAAUGUUAAAUACCAGGUAUCCAGGUGAAUAGACCAAGGAGGUAGGAAUAAAAUGUGUUGUCAUAAUUUCUCUUUAAAGCCUUGUCCUGGGGUGACUUUAUGAUACUGGUAUUUCCAAUUGCCUUGUUUAUGGUAUAUAUUAAGUCUGCACCUUUAAGACUGGCUUUGAGAGCAAAGAGAGGGAAGAAGAAGCGCGCAGUUUGUGUUGAAAGAAAACAUCAC